GGUAGGCAGCAGAGCCAGCCGCGCGCCGGGGCCAGAGACUUACCGAAAACAAAGCCUGGUGCAAUUGAGACUUGGUCUACACCAGGCUAAAAUUUAGGUGGGUUGCCUACAGUGCUCAGAGGUGUGAACAGUUCCUAAGCUCCAGUGUAGGAACUGCUAGGUCAAUGGAAGAACCUAGCUACUGCCUCUUGAGGGGGUUAGCGAUGUCUGCCCAUAGGUUUAUUUCCAACCGAACAUCUCAGCAGGCUUUAUCUAACUCUGAUUACACUUGGGAGUAUGAGUACUAUGAGUAUGGACCAGUUUCCUUUGAAGGAUUGAAAGCUCAUAAAUAUUCCAUUGUGAUUGGAUUUUGGGUUGGUCUGGCAGUUUUUGUCAUUUUCAUGUUCUUUGUGCUGACCUUGCUGACGAAGACAGGAGCACCGCACCCAGACAAUACAGAACCUUCUGAAAAAAGAUUUCAUGUGAGUAGCUUUGUGGCAGAUUUUGGAAGACCUCUGGAGUCAAACAAGGUCUUUUCGCGUCAAGUAGCUGAAGAGUCCAGGUCACUCUUUCACUUUUACAUUAAUGAAGUGGAGCAUUUGGACAAAGCAAAACAAAGCCAUAAAGCCCCAGGUCUGGACAGUAAUAUUCACUUCCAGGAAGUAUCUAGGAGCAGUGGAAGGCUGGAGGAGGAGCUGAAUUGCCUUACAAAAUUUAACAUACCCAACUUUGUGAAUACUGACCAGAAUUCUUCACUGGGUGAAGAUGAUCUGCUGCUUUCAGAGCCACCAAUCAUUUUAGAAAGCAAACCAGUUAUCCAAGCCUCACAUCAGAUCCUUGACUGAAAAACCUUGGUUUCUAAAGCAAAGUGUCUUUUUUUUGUUGUUUCUGUGGUAUCAGGAACUCUUAUUCAGCUGCUAACAUCAGACCUUUUUGCCUAUUUCAGUAGAAGAUAUUUGAUGUCUUAUGCCUUGUGUUUUGUUGUGAAUAUUGAACUGACUGACCUCACUUUUGUAUAAAGUGAAAUACUUAAUAUUUUAUGUCAAGAUUUAUUUUGUCAUUUUCAAGUGUUUCCUAAGAUCAAAACCUUCUUCAGCAUUACUGUUGUUGCUUGCUAUUUGUUUUAUUUAACUAGCCAUCAUACCCAGCUGUCUAGUGGUAGCAGAACACACUAACAUGAUACAAGAGUUGCAAUGCACUUGACUCUGCUUUUUGGGGAUUGCUGCAGCUGCAGAGCGAGGAGUAUCAUUGGAUUCUGAACGGAGUGGCGUGGAACUGUUUGGUCAUGAGGACAGUAAACUCAAAUCAAGACUGAAUGGAGGAAUAAGAGGAGGAAGCACCUUUUCGGGCUCUGAAUCUCCUCCCCUCUCCCCCAUUCAAAAGGCAGAUUAUUUUGAAACAUAACCAACAUCAUAAAAAAUUGCCAUUAAUCUUUCCCAAGACUCCUAGCAGAUUUUACAGGCUGCUGAAACCCCACCUAUCAAAAUUCUAGUGAUGCUGUUCUGUAUAUUAUAUUCAGUUAGUGUUUACAAAAUACAGUUACCAUCUGCUGCUGAAGAAAAACAAAAGCUAUGGCCAUAUUUAAUGUUUCAGAAAAUUUCAUAUUCGUGCAGUUGUGGGUGGCUGGGUGACCUAGAAUGAAUGUGUUCUACAUUCAAUUAACAACAUUCGGUUUUGUGGACUUGAUUAUCAGUGUGAGCCUUUAACAUGGUGAGCACAGGAUUUAAUACAGAAACAGUAGGAAACAGGGUUGAAAACAUUCCUGUUUUGCCCACAGCACAACAGCUAUAGCCAGUUACUGUAGUGUGUGUUUGUAAUUGGUUGAUACCUGCUGCUACUGUACUUCACUCAGAGAAAGCAAGCAAGUGGCUGCACAGUACUUGCAACUGUACUGCUUGUGCAUGCUGAUAUUUUUUGGGUAACUACACAACCACUGAGACCUAUUUUGUAACAAAAUAAAGAAUUUGGGAGAGAUUUCAUUUUACUGCAACAUAUUUUUUCCACCUUUUUAAAACUGGAAGAGGUAUUGACUCUGAGGUGCUAAUUAC